UAGCCAAGCCUGGCUUGUAUAAACUAUAUAGUUUCUACAUUGAACAAAUCAUAAAUCAUUUUUUCACGCUUGUCAUUGACAAUUUUAAAACCUUUUUGCAUCUUUAUAAAUAAUCCCCUGAUGUGGGGUUGGUGAAUCAGACCUCUAAACAGAACAAAAUAUGAGUCUAGACUGUGAUCUUACCGUUCUGGAAGAGCUAACGUCAAAUGCGAGACAAAUACAGGACGAUGUAUUGAACAAGAUACUGAAAGCUAACGCAAACACAGAGUACCUCCAAAGGUUUCUCCAGGGGAGCUCCGACAAAGAUCUGUUAAAAAAAAAACCGCUUGUGGUUUUACGGUCUUUGGUGUGUGUUUGAGUGUAAUAUAUUUAAAUGUUUGAUUGGUGUAUGAUAUCUUCUCGUUGUUUUAAUAACAGUCUGGUGUGUUAUCUUAUAAAUAAAUAAAUAAAUAAAACCGUCCAGUUCUUAAUAUAUUCCGAUAACGGCAUGCACUCCUAGUUCUUCUUUCAAGCCUUUGAAGAACAGACUUGCAAGGAAAUGAUAUGUGAAGAAAGGCCUAAUUAGAGCAUUGGUCAAUCUUGGCAUGAAACCGAGAGUUUAUUCUCACGGAAUAGCUCAAUGAGUUUUUUCCAGAUUUUGAUCCUCAAAGCGGGAGCCUUCAUUGGGUUUAAACCACUUCUUAAACCCAGUAAAGAUAACUAGAUAAGACAAAAUUUUGUAUUAAAAACAAAAGAAUAUCUUGACACUGAAUAAGGGACGUUGGCAGAUAUCCAAAUCUGGUUUAUAUAUUAAACUAGCUUUCUUUGAAUCGAUCCACUCAUAGUCCAGCCUGGCUUGUAUAAACUUAUAUAGUAGUCUUUUACAUUAAACAAAUCAAAAAUCGUUUUCCACGCUUAAUAAUUUAAAAAACCUUUGCAUCUGUAUAAAGAACCCCCGAGGUUGGUGAAUCAGACCUCCAAACAGAACAAAAUAUGAGUCUAGGCUGUGAUCUCACUCUUCUGGAAGAGCUAACCUCAAAUGCGAAGCAAAUACAAGAAGAUGUAUUGAACAAGAUACUCAAAGCUAACGCAAACACAGAGUACCUCCAAAGGUUUCUCCAGGGAAGCUCUGAUAAAGAGCUGUUCAAGAAGAACGUACCGGUGGUGAGCUAUGAAGAUGUUAAGCAUUAUAUAUAUCGUGUCUCAAAUGGAGAACCCUCGGAUGUUAUUUCCGGGGAACCCAUCACUGCGUUUCUUCGUAGCUCUGGAACUUCAAGUGGGAAUCCAAAGAUAUUUCCUGCAAACAACAUCUUCUUUAAGAAUGUUCAGAUCAUCUAUACCCUAUGCUCGGUCGUUAUGUCCAAGCAUGUCGAAGGCUUUAAGGAAGGAAAGGUGAUAUGGUUCCAGCCAGCAUCCACAACUCCUUGUGGUUUGCCUAUUGCUCCUGUGCUAACAAGCUUCACAAAGAGCGAAUAUUAUAGGAGCCUGGCAAAAAAAAGUACAAGCCCCGACCAGAUCAUAAUGUGUCCGGAUACCAAACAGAGUAUGUACUGUCAACUUCUCUGUGGUCUUGUCCAGAGAGAUGACGUAGUAAGUGUGGGUGCUGUGUUCGCUUCUGUCUUGGUUGGAGUUAUCCAUUUUCUUGAAAAUUACUGGAAAGAGUUGGCUAGUAAUAUAAGAUCCGGUCAUCUCAGCGAGUGGAUCACCGACCUUGGUUGUAGAGACUAUGUCUCUAUCCUCCUUGGAGACCCAAAUCCUGAGCUGGCUGAUCUGAUCGAAAACGUGUGCGGACAAAAAUCUUGGCAAGGUAUAGUUUCACGACUUUGGCCCAAAGCCAAAUGCAUUGAUGCUAUUAUUACAGGAAGUAUGGCUCAAUACAUCCCAGCAUUGGAGUUCUACUCUAAUAAUGAACUUCCUCUAGUUUCCCUAAGGUAUGCUUCGUCUGAGGCAUAUUUUGGGUUGAAUUUGGAACCUCUGAGCAAACCACAACAUGUCUCCUACACAUUUCUACCCAACAUGUCGUACUUCGAGUUCAUAGAUGUCGAUGGCGAGAUUGUUGAUCUUGUGAAUGUGAAGUUGGGUCACUACUAUGAGCCCUUUGGUUUACACAGAUGUAGAGUGGGGGAUGUUUUACAGGUCACUGGUUUUUACAAUAUGGCACCUCAGUUCAGAUUUGUACGAAGAAAAAAUACGGUUCUAAGCGUCUAUGCAGAGCCAACGACUGAAGAAGAUCUUUUAAAGGCGUUGGCUCGUGCUACUGUCAUUCUUGAAUCUUCGGAUUUGAUGAUCACGGGUUUCACAUGCUAUGCCGAUAUAUCCACUGUACCGGGUCACUACGUUUUUUAUAUGGAACUCAAAGCAAAAGUCAACAAUACUAGCAUUGAUGAUUUAGUACUUGAUACCAAGGUAUUGGUUGAAUGUUGUUGUGUCAUGGAAGAAUCAUUGAAUGGUUCUUAUAGGAGUUUCAGGAGGAAAAAUGGAUGGAUAGGAGCUCUAGAGAUAAGAGUGGUGCAACAAGGAACGUUUGCUUCUCUCAUGGACUUUUUUGUCUGCCGAGGUUCUUCUAUAUCUCAGUACAAGACACCUAUGUGCUUAGAAUCUGCUGAGGCUUUAAAAGUUCUUGAAGACAAGGUUCUUGCUCGGUUCUUCAGCGACAAAUCCCCUCCUAUCUGAUCACCUACUUGAAGAAGAAUAAUGAAGGCAUGGUUUUACUAUGUUUGAGUGUGUUAUAUUUUUAAAUCUAUGAUUGGAUUAUUACAUUUUCUCGUCUUUUUUAAAGAAAAUAAUAAUUUGGUGUGUCAUCAUAAUAAAUAAAUAAAACCGUUCAUUUCUUAACAUAUUCUGAUUAUGGCAUGCAUUCUUUUCAAGCUUUUGAAGAAAAAACUUUCCAAAUGCAAUGAUCUGUGAUGAGAAAGCACUAAUUAAAGAGCAUUGAUCAAUGUGAAUGUCUUCGCAUAAAUAUCAGGAACUCUGUUCUGUACAGCUUUAAUCUAUUUGAUUACUCUCACCGAAUAAUAGCUCAACGAGUUUGUUCCAUAUUUUGAUCCUCAAACCGGAGGCUUCAUUUGGUUUAAACCAGUUCUUAAGUGUUUAAGAAGAGAGGAGGAAUAUAUUAUCUAUACUAUACUAAAAGGGGGAUAUAAGCCAUGGAGAGGGUGUCCACAUAAGAUAGAAAAAUCAACCAAUCAGAGAACCCGAAAUUGUCAUGUCAUCUCAUUUUUUUUCGUAAAAAAUAAAAAAACAAUGCGAAGGUGAGAAUCGAACCCGGGUUAGUAUGAUAUAUAUAUAGGACAGUUACCACUAAGCCAUUGAAACUUUCUUGGACACAUAU